GGGGGGUCCGAGUCAAAGAGGCUUCUACGCAAGCGUGUAUAGCUCAGCGCUUUUCGGCGUCUGGCUUGCCGAAAAUAUGUUCAUCGACUUUCUUCAAAAACCGAUUACCUAUGGCGUUCGCGUGCUCCGACCCGCAAUGUUUGGCAUUUCCCCCGAUGUGUAUCACCACAGCCCUAAGAGGUAUGAGGAAAACGUUAAGCAUUUCAUCGCAUGAUCUCUAUCAAUCAUGCAUAACUUUACAGCCAAGCCUCUCCUGCCGACCCCUUAUCGUCGUGUUUUCAAGCCGUCACCAGAAUCUGUUCCUGUUACGACAAGGCGGCUCAAUUAAAUGACUGCACGCCAAGCGGUACUGGUAGAUGAUUAGUAGAUGGUAUGGACACACUUGCUGGUUUCAGCGUGUUGUUAUCCCAUAAAUGAUGUUGAUUUUUGAAUAAAUUGGUUUUGCCAUUUUUUCAUAUUACUAUUGUUGCUCGUGGUGAGCGAAAUGCGAUGUUUGUGUCUGCGGAUUACAUGGAAGCCUGGAAUGAACUGCACGACAUGCGGGAUCCAGAGGACCCGAAUCACCAGGUGAGCUUCUGGCUCACUGACUUCUUAGCGCGAGCAACGCGCGUGCCGAUCCUCAACGCGCUUGUGAUGGCUGGGCCUAUGGUUGCGAAAGAUCCAGUCGCUUGCCGGAGGAAUCAGCAGUUUCGGAAUGCCCGACAUAACUACGGUCUGCUGUCCGGUGGGCCAGUGAUGCAGCUGCAUUAUGUGAGCGGUGGAAGAGGGAAAUGGAAGGUGUCGAGUACAGAGUUCGCAAAGAAAAAGUCGACGUCACAUCAGCGUAGCAAUAUGGAUAAUAUCGCGGCCUCGUAUUGGCAUUGGGAAGUUCCACCGCGAAAUACAGCAUCGGCGUCGACUCGAAGUAGGCCUGCUCACGUGCUGACAGAACCCUCGGAUGCGCAUGACCUUCUGCCCGCUAGGGAACGCAGAAACUUUUCCGGUUCUAUGUUGAAGAGGAAUUCCGCGCGAGAAUUACGCGAACGCAACUUAGGCUCUCUGCAAGACGAGUCUAGACAGGACGAAUUGACUGCGUCUCACUUCGAGCCCAUUCCAAAGCAGAUACUUGGGGAGCACCCGAAGAAUCACUUUGAUGCGUACGAUGUAGCAUAUGAAAAGGCGCAAGGAGAAGGAACCUACGCACCCCGCAGCGAAAUGUGCGUCGCGCGAUUCAGUUCCAUGAAUCUGCAGGAUUACGCCACGAAAGAGGCUUUUUUGGUUUCCAGGCUUGCAGAGCAUGUAGCUCCAACGAGUGCUCACGAUGGCCGUAGGAACCCUGCGUCGCCAAGACCUGGUGCAACAGGCUCGCAAAAUGAGGUAGAUUUGACCGACAAAAUGUCUACCCUGCGUCUGCGUGGUAGCCACAGGCGAACAGCUUCAAAGGAAUCGAUAGGGGAUACUUUAGAUGCAUCUGCAAGUCCGCGAUGUGCUGUAGUAUCGGUGCCAUCCGGAGCUUUUUCCAUGGGAGACCGCAGGAACAUACGACUUUGCCGCAUCACUGAUGGCGUAGAGCAAGCCUGUGCGUUGGAACGCACUUUCGCAGGAGUCGAGACUGAAGAUAAGGAUCACCACCAAGAAAACAGCCAAAAAAUAUCUGAUCAACUUCAACGUGAUGCUGACGGUCGCAAUCAAGAUACAGAUGGGGAUUCGGACAUCGCGCAGCUUGCGCCAGUACCAGCAUGGACUGCGGAUCUAGACAAGAAUGUCGCGAAAAACCGCAUCCAGUCUAUCGUUUGGGCGGCGAUAGCCGACGUAAACGACGCGUGGCAACUAGAGAUGGCACAGCUGAACAAUAACACAUCUGGUCACAUACACAAGAUUUCGUCACUAAAAGAUCUGGAUGCACGGGCAACUACGGGAAAAGAAGAUAAAAAUCGGACAGAACAACACGACGACGAUAACAAUCCGAUGAGCAAGAAACAACUUAGAAUAGCAAAAGCGAAGAGUAAAGCACUGCUGCGCCCACCAGCACCAAUUUUGGACAGGAACCUACAGUCAUGGACCGCGAAAUUGACAGCGAAACAAGUAGCGACGGCUCUGCAGCGUGACGUCUGCGACCCGAUUCAUUUUGCGAUAAUCGAGCGGGCUGUCACGCAGGUAGAGGCAGUGUUGGAAGAGAGAUGCUGCGUCGUCCGCAGUUUUCGACCUCUGAGUUAUGAUGAGACUUUUCAUCUUACUCGCUUUCUACUAUAGGGUCUAGUCCUAGUACUGUCGGAGAAAUAUACGACAGUGGAGCUUCAUAUGGUCACUGCGUGCGUAAACAUGUUGCCCCAAGGAGUAAAAGUAGUUCUUACGAAUAUCAUUUGCAGGAGCGGCGCGGAGAGCAAAGUGAGUUGUUCUAAUCUUAGCGAAAUGAGGAGCUCUGGGAAAUGGAGAAGCCAGGUCCUCAUGAUUACAUUAGUCCUGCAGAUGCAGGAAAUCCGUUGUUUUGGUGGCCUCGGGGCGCCGUGGAGGUAGUGCUCGUGGCAGAAGUUCCACAAGAGUGUGCCUGUGUACGUCCGGAUCGCGCCGCUUAUGAGGCAGCUGCUCGUGUGGAACAUCACCGUCUAGAAAGUUUAACGCGUGCGCUAGAGCUGGCAAACCAACAUCGGAAGGAAAAAAAAGAACAAGAACACGAUGAAAGUGGAAAGAAGCAUAGUGGAAACACUGCACAGAAGAGAGAUCCGUCAGCGAUCAAAGCGCUGCUCACUUUUUCGACUUCAUCUAGCGCAUCAUCGUCAUCAACUACGACGGCAACCCUCGGUCCACCUACGACGACAACUCCGUUUCACGAAGUACCUCUAGCUCCUGAUGCCCCCACGGAAAUCACAUCGGAUCACAAUGAUGCUGAAGAUGAGAGACAGUCUGAUCUGGCGCGUCUAGACGACUUUGAUGAAAGUGGCCAUGAUAUUCGUGACCAAAACUUGAAACCCUCAAAGUUUCCUGUGGGACGAUAUUGCGAUGCGGACGGCGAACCCACACAGCAGGGAAUGAACUGCAAGAAGUUACCAUGGCCGCCUCGGGUCGACUUCGCGGAAAAGAUUACCAGUGCUGGUCUGAUACCGAUGCACGUGUGGAACCAUAGAAUGAUGUACGUCCACGAGAUCGGGAAAGCUGUUCGCAAUAUGAACAUCGACAUUCAUCGCAUAUUGCGCACAUUGCGAAAGAAGGCGAAGGAGGUUGAGGAAGCUGCUGGGAACCUCUACGAAGAAGAAAAUAUGGACCGCAGGCACAAGAAGAGCAGCGAGGACAACGCUACUUCUAUGUCUUCUUCUAGUAGUUCUAAGAACCUCGGGGAGAGCAAACUCGAGGACGAUAUCGAGAGUCUUGCCAAAGAAACGCAGCAGGACCGCGAGGAUAUGGAGGAGUACUCUGCGGCCGUGGAUCGAUUAGCGGAGGAGGCCCGUGCGUUGCAGAGGACGGGAGAUAGGGUCACGGGCCUCCGUCUGGUUUCGAAUCCACAGACAUGGGCUCAGCCUUUUCCCGGAAUGUUCCAGCGAGACCACAUUCAAUACCAAUUCGCUGUGCUUGCACGUGCAGCGGAUGAAAUCGAGGCUAUUCCGGAAUCGAAGAGCCUGUGGGAAUCUACGCCAAAACGCAUGAGAUUGAAAGAGCGUCUCUGGCGACUACAGCAGACAGCUCAAUCAAUGACCUUUUUUGCGGACAGCGGCAUAGCCGACAAGCAAGAACGUCCCCGCGUGUUUCUGCGCAGAGACGAAUACGACUCAAAGCCGAUUGAAUGGCUGACACCAGAAGUGGACGCUCGUGGAUCUUCGCGCAGUGCGGCUGGCUCCAGGAGUGGUACUCGUAUCAGAGAACAAAAGGAUAAGAAUGUUGCAGAUGAAGACCAUACCCAAGAAAAGCGAGCUUUGCGCCAAGUGGUCUUUUUCGCCGAAUGGAACACCCGUCCAGACACGUUCAAGAAAUGGCGUCUGCGUGAUGGAUACGAGAAGAGUGAGAAACUGAGCCUCGCGACUUUGGUGCGAGACUUUCCACUCCGUUCCACGGGGAACGCCUUUGACGAUCCGAACGACUUGAGCUCGGUAGGAACCAUAAUGUGUUUAUAGCACUACCUUGUAACUAGAGCGAUGUAGAACAAUAACAAGGAAAGCUCAUAUUUUUCUGCUGUCAUUCCCAUUCCCAAUGGGUAUGUUCAAUGAGCUUCAUAUCUUUUCUUUACCAAUACCAAGUACCCACUUUUGAUUUUGCUCGCUCUCAACACAGGUAGCUUUUCCAUUAUUGUGGCAUUUGGGUGCCACGCUAGAAGAAGAACAAGGUCGAGAGAUCGGAAGGAGCUGCUUUCAAAUGGUCGUUGAUUUAGCCGGCGACAUACCCACUCUUCUCCCGAAUUUCGAUGCGUUUCAUAACAUGUUGGCCGCAGAGUACACAAGGCUGAAGGCGCUACAUGAUCACAAGAAAGUUGGCGGCGUGGCAUCCUUUAACAAUUAUGGAUUCGAUGGAGAAGAGCGUGAGUACAGUGGAGGCAAUGAAAAUAAUACAGAGGAGACUAUUCUCACCAAGCGCGGGGCCAGCCAGGUUGGGCUUCAAGGAGAGUGCCCCGCAGCGGAUGCCAGAGACUUCCGUUGUCUCAGAAAUUUUCUGAAUGCGGGACCUGUGGGAGUUUUGUCGUGAUCGGCCGACCAAACGAGUCUGGUAAAAGCCAGGCGGUCUUGGAAGAAACGAUUGAGCGUACGACUUGCACAACUGUUCCUUGUUGUAGUUCUUGUUCUUCUUUAGUAACAUAUUGGAAAUCAUACCAUAAAAAAUGAAGAGUCACAUGAGAGGUAGAUAGCACACGUGAGCAUGUUUGUAGAAGGAGUGCACAUUAAGAGAAACCCCUUAGCAUCAAUGUGGAUGUUUUUGAAUGUGGAGGACAAAGCCGCAGUUUGCUGACUACCUCUGCACACUUGGAAAUUUUAAGUUAUGAGAAUAUAGCUAGUAGAGACCGAGUUGACAAGGGGCCAUGAGUUUGUAUUUUUAGCACGCGGGGGUCAGUACUUGUCGAUACAUAGGUUGUGGGCUGUGAAACAAUGUUGAAAUAUUCUAGUUCUGAAAUGUAAAAUCUUCUUUUCUCUGAUGGUUGAAUCCUUCGUUUUGAUCUUUUUGUGUGCAGGUUUUUGAAAUGUUACUCACUUCGCUGCAAAUGGCAAAACGUACACUUCUCUAUGAUUUGAACAUCAUUCGCCUUACAAUUUUGAGCAAAACCGCAAGUAGGGAAG